UUAUCUAAUAGUUCAAGUACAGUUGAUAUAGUUGAGGCGCAAUCAAAAUAUGGUUUUGGGGGAUGGAAUUUGUGGCGGCAACCUAUAGGAUUUAUUGUUUUUAUAAUUUCUUCUCUAGCAGAAUGCGAGAGAUUGCCUUUUGAUUUACCAGAAGCAGAAGAAGAAUUAGUAGCAGGUUAUCAAACCGAAUAUUCCGGUAUUAAAUUUGGUUUAUUUUAUGUUGCGUCUUAUUUAAAUCUACUAAUCUCUUCAUUAUUUGUAACCGUUCUUUACUUGGGUGGUUGGAAUCUUUCUAUUCCAUACAUAUUCCUCUCGGAGUUUUUUGAAAUAAAUAAAAUAGAUGGAGUCUUUGGAACAACAAUUGGUAUUUUCAUUACAUUAGCUAAAACUUUUUUGUUCUUGUUCAUUCCUAUCACAACAAGAUGGACUUUACCUAGACUGAGAAUGGACCAAUUAUUAAAUCUUGGAUAG